GAGUAGUCUUCCGCGCGUUGCAUCGGAUCCCCUCAGCUGCUUGUUGUUCGUCGGCGGUGCCCCACGCUCGGCGAGCCAGCUGCAGUUCACCGGCGUCUCCUCAACAGAUGACAUAACCGACUACUCGCACCUAAAGCCCCGCUGCGUGAGCGCGCCCAGAGCAACUGUGUGUCAUCAUCGUCUCUUCAACGUAUGACUUUACCGAGUCGCGCCUGAAGCCCUGCUACGUCUGCGUCGAGAAAGCAACUGUGUUUAUCUGCUGCUUUUCGAUAGCUUCAUCAUGCCGAAUAUCAGCUGUAACUUUGAGACAAACCACAAGUCCACCAAUGUGGUCUUCCAGAAGCACCAUGUCAGCAGAGACAAGCGAGGUCAGAUCAUGGGCCAGAAGGGAGGCUUUCGCGGCUGCACCAUCUGGUUCACUGGUCUGUCAGGUGCAGGCAAGACAACAGUGUCCUUUGGCGUGGAGGAGUACCUCUGUCUUCAUGGAAUUCCUGCCUAUGCGCUUGAUGGUGACAACAUAAGACACGGGCUCAACAAGAACCUGGGCUUCUCCUCCCAGGACAGGGAGGAGAACAUACGACGAGUGGCUGAGGUUGCCAAGCUUUUUGCUGACAGUGGUGUCGUAUGUCUCACCAGUUUCAUCAGUCCAUAUGCAAAGGACCGUACUAUGGCCAGAGAGAUACACGAACAAGCCGGCUUGCUCUUCAUUGAGUGCUUUGUCGACACACCAUUGGAAGUGUGCGAGAAAAGGGACGUCAAAGGUCUUUAUAGGAAAGCUCGGGCAGGACAAAUUAAAGGUUUCACUGGAAUAGAUAUGCCCUAUGAAGCACCUGCCAAACCAGACCUUCUGAUCAAAGCAGGCAAGGACACCAUCAAAGACUGCGUGCAACAAGUAGUUGAACUCCUAAGAGAAAGGGGUGUCAUCCCAGGCAGUGUGGUGGACUGUGUCAAGGAACUUUUUGUGAGCCCUGAGUACCUGCCAGCUGCGAUGGAAGAGGCAGCGGCACUGCCAAGUGUGGAAAUUUCCAAGCUGGACCUACAGUGGGUCCAGGUGUUAUCUGAAGGUUGGGCCACACCCCUCACUGGCUUUAUGCGUGAGGCUGAAUUCCUACAGAGCCAGCACUUUGGCUGUUACCUUGAAGGUGGUGUUACCAACCAGUCAAUUCCGAUUGUACUGCCUGUGACGACAGAGGAUAAGGAUCGCCUUGAAAAUGAGCCUGCAUUUGCGCUAAAGUACAAUGGCAAGGUGUAUGCUAUCUUACGCCAACCCGAAUUCUAUCCCCACCGCAAGGAGGAACGCUGCUCAAGACAGUUCGGAACAAGUUGCAAGGGGCACCCUUACAUAAGUAUGAUUUACGAAAGUGGUGACUGGCUUGUUGGAGGUGAGCUUGAUGUUCUAGAGCGAAUUCGCUGGAAUGAUGGACUUGACGAAUACCGGCUCACACCAAAAGAACUCAGGAAAGCAUUCUCGAAGCUUGGGGCAGAUGCAGUGUUUGCAUUUCAACUGAGGAACCCUGUUCACAAUGGCCAUGCAUUGCUCAUGCAAGACACAAGGAAACAUUUGACAGAAAAAGGUUACAGGAAGCCAGUGUUGUUGCUUCAUCCACUUGGUGGUUGGACCAAAGAUGAUGAUGUACCCCUGGCAGUGCGCAUGAAGCAGCACAAGGCAGUACUCGACAGUGGUGUCCUAGAUCCCAAGCUGACAGUGUUGGCCAUCUUUCCUUCCCCCAUGAUGUAUGCUGGACCAACAGAGGUCCAGUGGCAUGCGAAGGCAAGAAUGGUGUGCGGCAGCAACUUCUACAUUGUAGGCCGAGACCCAGCAGGAAUGCCCCAUCCAGAGACGAAAGAAGACCUCUAUGACCCAACACAUGGUGCAAAGGUGUUGACCAUGGCUCCUGGCCUUACACAACUAGAGAUCAUACCAUUCCAAGUUGCUGCCUAUGACACAAAGAAGAAGAAGAUGGCAAUGUUUGAGCCUGAACGGAAAGAGGACUUCUUGUUCAUCUCUGGCACCAAGAUGCGCAGCCUGGCACGCAGUGGUCAGGAGCCACCAGCAGGGUUCAUGGAGCCAUCUGCCUGGAAAGUUCUUUCUGAUUACUACCGUUCUGCGGCGAACUGAUGUACAGCCUUAUAGCUGCAAUGUUUUUCUGCUCCUUUCACAACGUUUCUCCUUCCUGCCUCAUUUUUUUCAUCCCCUCCCAGUUGUGUUGCAAGCUUCAAGUUCUGUUUAAUAGAACAUUGCUUUCAUUUUUUUUACCAUAAAUGUUGAUGUUUAUGAAAGUAUUAUGUAGUGUACUUACUGCAUAAAAAGGUGAAAUCGCUAUGUUUCGAAGCUUUUAAACCAGUCACGAGUGCUUAUUUCACUGGUGGUGGGAGAAACUUGUUCCGUCAGGGUUAGAGUUACCUUGUCAUGUGAUUUAUUUGGAGUUUUUAUAUGAAAAUGUGAUGGUGGAACAAUGACUGUGCCUCUUAGGAGCUUAACUGCUUUAGUCAAGUAGAACAAAAGUGUCGAACAUGGUUCAAAGCAAGCCAUAAAGUAUGAAAUCGACCUGUUGUCAUCGGUAGGCAUAUUUAGACUUCUUUUUACACGUGCAUGCACUUUUACUGUUAUACUUUUGUUACUGUUGUACUUGGAAAGAAAGUGUAUUUGCUAAUAUUUUAUAUAUAUUUUUGCUUAUUUUCUAUUAGCAUAUCCUCGUUUAACUGGCUCCAUAUUCUGCAUGGUGCUCAAGUGUGAAUUGUGAUCCUCACAAUUGUGAGCUCAGAGCACAUAAAGAAGGUGUCUUCACCAUACAGUGCAGUCAUCUUUUGUAGUCAACUGGGACCAAUGUGCUCAAAGUGGCACACAACAUAAUAGCGGCAUCUAGAAAUGUUAGGCAGUAGGCAGUGUAUUGUGUCAUAUAAAUGAACAUUUGUUUCUUACAUGCACAUGUCAUUUGUAAGGCGCCCUUAGUUUGCUGACAAAUUCAUUGUACACAUGAAUGGUCCUGCCUGCUGUGUCCAAGACUGUAUCACGAGCAGCCAACACUGUGGUGCAAUCGCACAUGUUGCACUCUAAGACACCAUAUUGUGAUUCUUGUGCAAUUUCACUAUUGUAAUUGUUAUUGCAGAAAUUUGGUUUGUUUGAAGAUUUUUCAUAUACAAGUUUUAAUAGUCGUUGUUUUAAGAUGAAAAUUACGGCUACACUCUGGCUAACUCGAUGCUGGUCAGAAUGCCUGUUAAUAAAAGUCCUGAAAAGAUGU